GUUUGAGUCUGGCAAGGGAGGAAGAGCACAUCAUACUAUAUAGGAACUCCAAUUCAUCAUACGGCAGGCAUUGACAACAAUAUUGCUUUAAUAUAAUUCUCGUACACCACCCUUCUGCAUUUUUGGCAAGUUUAUUGAACGAUCCUCAAAGAGGUAUACGUGUGAUUUGUGAGUGGCGCAAAAAUAACCGCCGUCAUGGUGUGAAGUCAAAGAAGGUGAAAAUUGAGAUUUCGGCUAAAAGAAUAGAAAAAAAGUAUGGGAAGUUAUAUUUGGUGGAAUAAGUUUGUUGAUCAUCAAUGAAAAGUGAAUGAUGGUGCUUGUGGGGUAAAAAGGAGAAGAAAAUUAAUGUGUAUGAGUACACACAGAGAAAUAAGGAAGUGCCGAAAGUGUAUGAUUGAAGAGCCAAAAACAGAAUACAUAAUUGCACCUGACAAUUUAAUACUUUCUUUAUGGCUUCCACGCCGGGAUUCAACUGGUUAUCGUGUAACUUAUCAAAGGUUGGGUGAUAUUGAAUGUGAGAUUUCGUACAUAAAUUAAGUGGACCUCUUUGGAAAUAAUUUAAAAUUUCAGAUAUGAAAGGGUGGAAAUUUUUUUGUAAGUGUAAUCGCUUCCACGGAGUUGAAGAAAAAUAAUCCCUGGAAAACAGACUUCCAAGUGGUAAAAAAAGCUAAAAAAGCUACAAGAAUAGAAUUUGCUGUGCAAAACACAAUAAGAGUGAAAAAAAAGCUGUAGAGAAUCCAGCAGAUUUGAGGCAACAAAAAAGGAUUCUUUCUAGCAUGAUGAAAUUGAGAAAGUGACUUUUUGUCAAGCAUACACAAGGGAUGACAAAAGUCUGCAAUAUGAAGCGAUAAAGUGGGGGUGAGAUGGAAAUUUAUCGUGAAAUAAAAGACAUUCAAAUCAAUAUUUUGAAUCCAAAGCGUGUUCCGGAUGGCGAAUUUUUCUUAUCUUUUGCCACCACACAAUAAAAAGAAACACCUAUGACAAUUUGCAAGACAAUAUUAUAUAAGAAUUUGUGUAAUAUUUAGAAAAAAAAUCGAUUGAUAAUUAUAAAUUGGAAAAAAAAUUGUGGAACACUCGUGAUUUUCUUUAUGAAAUAAAAUUGUACUUUAAAGUGGACUAUUUUUAGCUGUUCCUCUAUCAAUGGAUUGUGAUUACUCAAAGUUAUUCUAUGCUAAACAUAGUGUCGUUGGAACCGCCACCAUAACGUCUCCGUGGACACCAGUUAGUGCCGGUCCAUUGGGACCGGCCGACACAAAUGGCGCAGGCUCAGACUCAAAGCACUUGGAUGUUGGAGAUAUGAGCGAUGACGAAAAGGAUCUGUCGUCGGCCGAUGCUGAGGGUGUUUGGAGUCCAGACAUAGAACAGAGCUUCCAAGAAGCUCUAGCUAUAUAUCCACCAUGUGGAAGACGAAAAAUUAUCCUGUCCGACGAAGGAAAGAUGUACGGCCGAAAUGAACUGAUAGCCCGCUAUAUAAAAUUACGGACAGGAAAAACAAGAACACGGAAGCAAGUUAGUUCACACAUUCAAGUUUUGGCGCGAAGACGACUGCGAGAAGUUCAGGCAAAAUUGAAAGUGCAAUUUUGGCAGCCAGGCUUGCAAGCUGGAACUUCGCAAGAUAUCAAGCCCUUCGCCCAGCCACCCUAUCCAACUGGAAAACCAUCUGCAACAGCAGUAUCAGCUCCUGUUGAAAGUGGACUCCAGACCGCCCUGCCACCCCCAUGGGAAGGAAGAGCAAUUGCCACCCAAAAAUUUCGAAUGUUGGAAUUUUCGGCGUACAUGGAACUUCAUCGCGACGAGACAUAUCACAAACAUCUCUUUGUUCAUAUAAGUGGACAACCAACAUAUUCGGAUCCACUCUUAGAGUCAGUGGAUAUUAAACAAAUCUACGAUAAGUUCCCGGAGAAGAAGGGAGGCCUUAAGGAAUUGUAUGAAAAGGGUCCACAAAAUGCAUUCUUCCUAGUUAAGUUUUGGGCAGAUCUCAAUACAAAUGUUCAAGAUGAAACGGGUGCCUUCUACGGUGUUACCAGCCAAUAUGAAAGUAAUGAAAAUAUGGUGAUCACCUGUUCAACAAAGGUGUGCUCAUUUGGCAAGCAAGUGGUGGAAAAGGUGGAAACGGAAUACUCACGGCUGGAAAAUGGACGUUUCGUGUAUCGCAUCCAUAGGUCACCAAUGUGUGAAUAUAUGAUAAAUUUCAUCCUCAAGCUGAAACAUUUGCCCGAGAAGUACAUGAUGAACAGUGUUCUUGAGAAUUUUACUAUACUUCAGGUGGUAUCAAACAAAGAGACACAAGAGACACUUUUGUGUACAGCGUACGUCUUUGAGGUGUCAUCGAGCAAUCAUGGAGCGCAACAUCAUAUCUACCGCCUCAUGAAGGAAUAGCCAAUCGACCGUGAAAAAGGGGGUGAGUGUGAUGAUGGUAGGAUUAAAAUGGAAAAUGAUAUUUAAUAUCAGCAAUAGCAGCGACACUCUUCUACUUUCCCAUGGUUUUGUUUUUCACGCCAGAAAAACUGUAAAUCCUCCCCAGUUUAUUAUUUUAAAUUUUUAAAAUUGCGUUUCAAUAUCACGCAAAAAAAAUUUUUUUUCAUUCAAUUUCGUCCUUUUUAUUUAUUUACCUGUGGCAAUAAAAACAAUUAAAGUACA